AUGUCAUUCGUCAAAGAAACUCGCAAACGGCUGGAUCUGCACCGUUCUUUCGACGUCGAGGAUGACUUUGAGUUUUGUCCCGUUAACGAUGAGAAUCUAAAGAUGUACUAUUAUUCGAAACAACAGCAACAGCACCAUCAGCAUCACGCCCAACAGCAUCAACAGCAUGAUCCCGUACAACUGUACAAAAUCCUGGCCAAUGCCUCUGCAAACUCCAACAACGCCUCCACUUUGUCACCCAACAGAUCACCACAGUACUCGGAUGUGAAUCUCAAGAGGACUCCUUGGUUGCAACAGCAACAGAAUGGAUCACCAUUGAAUUCGAGAGACUCAUACCUUUCGCCCUCUCCAAAGACCAAUGGAAUCAACUACCUUAGCUCCACCCCCGGCUCCGCCAGUUCGGCCAAACAGAUUACUCCAAUGCAGUUCAAAUACUCGCAGCCCCAGCAGUACCCGGUCGUCAAUUCGCUACAGGCCAAGUUGAACAUGGCCUCGAGGAGGUGA